AUGUUCGAACUUCGAGGGCGUUCCAGCCUAUUCCUCGUCGGCAAAGAGUGCCAACAAGGCGUCUAUAUUGUCCAGGAAAAGUCCACGUGGUAAAAUCUUAUUGGAUAGAACAGGUCAAUGGAAGCUUCUAGGAGGUCAAGGCACAUAUAUAAAUACAGCACCCCUCGCCCCCAAAUUUCCCAUCUCAUUAUAUUUUCUCAUCGCAAACCCUAGCCUAUACAUACAAAAUUCUAAUCGAUCAACAACUACUCAAGAUGCAGAUAUUUGUGAAAACUCUUACUGGCAAGACAAUCACCCUCGAGGUUGAAAGUUCGGACACUAUUGACAAUGUCAAAGCGAAGAUUCAAGACAAGGAAGGUAUCCCUCCAGAUCAGCAGAGGCUCAUCUUUGCUGGUAAGCAGCUAGAGGAUGGACGGACCUUAGCUGAUUACAACAUUCAGAAGGAGUCGACCCUUCAUUUGGUUCUGCGUCUACGUGGGGGAAUGCAGAUUUUUGUAAAGACACUUACUGGCAAGACUAUCACUCUAGAAGUCGAAAGCUCUGAUACCAUUGAUAAUGUCAAAGCUAAGAUCCAGGACAAGGAGGGUAUCCCACCAGACCAGCAGAGGCUCAUCUUUGCUGGUAAACAGCUAGAGGAUGGACGGACCUUGGCCGAUUACAACAUUCAGAAGGAGUCGACCCUUCAUUUGGUUCUGCGUCUACGUGGGGGAAUGCAGAUUUUCGUAAAGACCCUUACCGGAAAGACUAUCACUCUAGAAGUUGAAAGUUCUGAUACUAUUGAUAAUGUCAAAGCUAAGAUCCAGGACAAGGAGGGUAUCCCACCAGACCAGCAGAGGCUCAUUUUUGCUGGCAAGCAGCUCGAAGAUGGGCGUACCCUUGCUGACUAUAACAUCCAGAAGGAAUCAACCCUCCAUUUGGUGCUCCGCCUUCGCGGUGGCAUGCAAAUCUUUGUUAAGACUCUCACUGGGAAGACGAUUACCCUUGAAGUAGAAAGUUCUGAUACAAUUGACAAUGUGAAAGCGAAAAUUCAAGACAAGGAGGGAAUUCCCCCAGACCAGCAGAGGUUGAUUUUUGCUGGUAAGCAAUUGGAGGAUGGUAGGACAUUGGCUGAUUACAACAUUCAAAAGGAAUCCACUCUUCAUCUGGUAUUGAGGUUGAGAGGUGGCAUGCAGAUAUUUGUGAAGACUCUGACUGGGAAGACUAUCACACUUGAGGUUGAGAGCUCAGACACCAUUGAUAAUGUGAAAGCAAAGAUUCAGGACAAGGAAGGCAUCCCACCAGACCAGCAGAGGCUUAUAUUUGCUGGAAAGCAGCUGGAGGAUGGCCGCACACUGGCCGACUACAAUAUUCAAAAGGAGUCUACCCUUCAUCUGGUGCUUCGUCUGCGUGGAGGGAUGCAAAUCUUUGUAAAGACAUUGACUGGCAAGACAAUCACCUUGGAGGUGGAGAGCUCAGACACCAUCGAUAACGUGAAGGCUAAGAUCCAAGAUAAGGAGGGAAUUCCACCAGAUCAGCAGAGGUUGAUUUUUGCUGGAAAGCAGUUGGAAGAUGGAAGGACCUUAGCGGACUACAACAUUCAGAAGGAGUCUACCCUGCACCUUGUUCUUCGUCUCCGCGGUGGUUUCUAAAGUGUUGUUUCUACCAAUGUUUUCUGAAUGUUUGCUUGGUUUCGCCUGACAUUGAUGGUUUAUGUUUCUUUUCUAUGAACUAAGUUUCAUUUGGAACGAUAAUAUGAUGCGUUCUUUAUGAUUUGUACUCUGAAGUACAUUAUAUAAUAAUCUCUUGAGCUGUUUAA